GCACUGAAGCUGAGACAAGGAGCAUCCGUGGGUGAGGCCUGUACGGAGAUCGGUUGUUGUGCAUCAGGCCAAGCGCGGGAGAUGGCGCCUGUGCAGUCCCAAGUCUCCCAGUGACAGCCCCAAUGUGCGGGGCCAGGCUCAGAGCCUCCCAGGGCCCUUCCACCUGCUGAAGGCCCCGUUGCCUCUGCACAGUGGUCAUUUGAGCCUCUGCCACUGCCAUAGCUUCCUGCUUCCCUGGAAUGCGCUUCCCGUGCCCACUGACCCUUGCUCAGGCCGUGGGGUUUCAGCUGCAGCUUGAAGGAACUGCCCACCCUGAGACGCAAUGGCGCUGGCCACAGGACCGGGGAAGCAGACGCAGCUGCGGGAGGUGGAGGGGGUGCCCCUGCAGGCUGCAACUGUGGACAACUGGGGCCAGAUCCAGAGCUUUGAGGCCAAGCCGGACGAUCUCCUCAUCUGCACCUACCCGAAAUCAGGGACGACGUGGAUCCAGGAAAUUGUGGACAUGAUCGAACAGAACGGGGAUGUGGAGAAGUGCCAGCGGGCCCUCAUUCAGCACCGCCACCCUUUCAUCGAGUGGGCUCGGCCACCCCAGCCCUCUGGUGUGGAGAAAGCCCAAGCGAUGCCCUCUCCACGGAUCCUGAGGACUCACCUUCCCGCUCGGCUGCUGCCGCCGUCUUUCUGGAAAAACAACUGCAAGUUCCUUUAUGUAGCUCGAAAUGUGAAAGACUGCAUGGUUUCCUACUACCAUUUCCAAAGGAUGAAUCAAGUGCUCCCGGACCCCGGCACCUGGGAAGAGUAUUUUGAAACCUUCAUCAAUGGCAAAGUGGCCUGGGGUUCCUGGUUUGAGCACGUGAAAGGUUGGUGGGAAGUGAAAGGCAGAUACCAGAUUCUCUUCCUCUUCUAUGAAGACAUCAAGAAGGACCCAAAGCGUGAAAUUCAGAAGGUGGCGCAGUUCAUGGGAAAGCACUUGGAUGAGACCGUGCUGGAUAAAAUUGUCCAGGAGACCUCCUUUGAGAAAAUGAAAGACAACCCCAUGAUCAACCGCUCCACAGUGCCCAAGUCUAUCAUGGACCAGUCCAUUUCCCCCUUCAUGAGAAAAGGAACCGUGGGGGACUGGAAGAACCACUUCACCGUGGCCCAGAGCCACAGGUUGGAUGAGCUGUACAGGAAGAAGAUGGAAGGGGUCUCUAUAGACUUCUGCCUGGAACUCUGAGCAGCACACAACUAAGAAGGAGGGCGGCAAGAAGUCCCUGAAAGCACGUCAUGAAUGUACGCAAUCAUAGAACUGUCCCUGGGAUCAACACUGCCACAGCUUUGCUUUUAAAGAAGAAUCCUGGGGCGGGUGCCGGUUCAAGUUCCUGAUGCUCCACUCCCAAUCCAGCUCUCUGCUAUGGCCUGGGAAAGCAGUAGAGGAUGGCCCAAGUCCUUGAAUGCCUGCACUCUCGUGGGAGACCCAGAAGAAGCUCCUGGCUCCUGGCUCCUGGCUCCUGGCUUCGGAUCAGUGCAGCUCUGGAUGUUUCGGCUAGUUGGGAAGUGGGCCAGAGGAUGGAGGAUCUCUCUCUCUCUCUCUCUCUUUCUCUCUCUCUCUCCCUGUUUCUCCUUCUCUCUCUGUGUGGCUCCAACUUACAAAUGAAUGGAUAAAUCUUAAAAAAAAAAAAAGAAUCCUGUCUAAUGCCUAUCUUAAUGAUUCUUUCCAAAAUUAAAAAAGAUGAUUAAUAAACCAAGUAAAACAAAAGACUUGAACACUACAAGGAUUUGUAAAAUUGUCAGUAUUCUAGGAAAUGUAUCCUAGCUUCCUAGUCUUAAUAAGAAUGCCAUAAGUAUAAGGACACAAAUAUCAGAUUAAACUUUCCUACAUUGACAACAAGAAAUAAGCUGGCAUCCAUCCUCACCGUUCAGGGAGCGCCAGUCAAGGCCUGAACCUGGGGUUGUGCCCGGUCAUCCUGGGGAGGGACACCUUGAGGGUAACCCUGGUGCAGCCAGCCCUGAGGAAACAGA